UUAUGUAUAUCUUAAAUCGUGACUUUUCUUCUCCGUUUGAACAACGUUGCGAGGAGACAUGGAUUUGCCCAGCAAGAUCCUUAACGUUGUUGUUCCUCCGUUUGUUUUUCUGUUAAUGCUUCUGUUAUCCCCAUUGUUUAUCUUCUUUAAGCUCAGCCGCCGUCUGCAGAGUUACAUAAACGCCGAAAAUGUCGCCGGAAAAGUUAUCCUCAUCACUGGAGCUUCUUCCGGCAUCGGCGAGCAUCUGGCGUACGAGUACGCGCGCAGAGGGGCGCGUAUGGCGUUGGUUGCUCGGAGAGAGGAGCGUCUGCGGGCGGUGGCUGAGAAAUCCCGGCGGCUUGGAUCGCCGGACGUCAUCGUUAUAACCGGCGAUGUCUCCGUUGUCGAAGACUGUAAGCGUUUCGUCCAAGGGACGAUCGAUCAUUUCGGUCGAUUGGACCAUUUGGUGAACAAUGCGGGGAUUGGAGAAGUGAAAGCAUUCGAAAGUUACUCGCGUAUCUCUGAAGCUGCUCGUGUUAUGGAAAUCAACUUUUGGGGUUCGGUGUAUACCACGCAUUUAUCGGUCCCCCACCUCAAGAGGAGCAAAGGGAAGAUCAUAGCUGUAUCAUCGGUUUCGGGGUGGUUGUCGCAGCCAUACAUGGGCUUCUAUGGUGCAGCAAAGGCGGCGAUGAUAAACUUCUACGAAGCGCUGAGGAUCGAACUCGGACAUGAAAUCGGGAUAACGGUCGCAACCCCUGGCCUCAUCCAGACAGAUAUGGUUACUCCUGACGUCCUUGCCACGGAAGGUUGGGAGUGGGUGCCAAUGUUGUCGGCGACUGGCUGUGCGAAAGGAAUAGUUGACGGAGUUUGCCGUCGAGACAGAAACGUGACGGUGCCGUCGUGGUUCAACGUCUUGUUCUGGUUGAAGACACUCGUCCCUGAGCUCAUGGAAAGGUUCGGUCGCGAGAACAUGAAGAAACAGCGUCCCAAACAUGACUAGAGAAAGGAACACACCCCACUCGAGAGUUCAUGUACCACCAGUUUAAACUGAAGUCCAGUUGCGAAAUAAAGUUAUGAGGGCGUGACCAACAAAUUUGUAUAAGAUAUUUGGAUUUUUGCAAAUUCAUCCAUCUUUUUAUUAAUUUCUAAUUUCAAGAAUUGAUCA